CCAAUUUUGCUGAUUAAAUUAAUCAUUAAUGUUAUUCAAUUUUAAUGAUAAGACUCAUCAGAUAAGUUAUCGUCAUUUCUUUAAGUUUACAAAUCAAUAAUGUCAUUUAACGAUUUACCUGAUAAUUGUCUUUGGAAGAUCUUCGAAAAUGCCAAUGGGGUCAUAGAUUUGAUUCGAUGGUCUAAAGUUUGUUCGAGAUGGUCCAAUUUAAUUACGCCUAAAUUAAAUCGAGUAAAAUAUCUUCAAUUGAUACAUAGUUAUGAAGUUGAUUAUAUUGAUGCGAAUAGUUUGUGGAUCAAUCAUGUUACGAAUUGGAAUGAUUACAAUUUAAUCGAAUCGUUCCCGAAUAUUAAGAUUAUAAAGACCGCGUCCUUGCUUCCUUAUAAAUCUUACAAUUUACCAGAAAUCGUCAAAAACAAUCCACAAAUCAAAGGAUUAAUCGGUAUGGAUAAAUUACGUAAAGAUGGUUACUUGGAAAAUAUCGAGAUGUGCGCUGCAAAUUUAAUUUCGAUUAUAAAAAGUUUUCGACCUGAUCAGUUGAAACAAGUUCGCUGCUUUUAUUUGCAUCCGAAUGAUCUUCCUUCAUUCAUUGAAUAUUUUCCAAAUUUGAAGCGACUUAACAUAGAACUCAAUAAAGCGGACGGCGUUUUUUACAAUGGACCGAAUUUAUCUUCGUUAAAGAUUCUGGAAGUAGGUACAACCAAUUUUUUUGACCAAUUCACUGGAUUUCAUUUUAUGGAUUUUUGUCCAUCACUGGAAAGCGCUUUCUUCCGUUGUUGGGCAGAGGAUAUUUAUGUAGAUGAAUCGGUAAAGAAUUACAAUCUAAGAGAUUUGGUUAUCGAAUGUCAUUCUAAUUGUUUUUCGUGGGCAACACUACAAAGACUACUUUCCAAAUUUCCUAAUUUACAUCAUCUUAGGAUCAGAGGUAUCGGUGUAAUUAAAGACAGUAAAUUAGAAGAAUUGGUAAAAUUAUUACCUGAGUUGAAGAUAUUGGACUUACGGAAAUAUAAGAAUGUGAACCACAAAUCAGCUGAUUUUCUGUCCAAAUAUUGUAUCAAAGAGAAUCGAUCAAUUGUAAUUUAUCACAACUGCAAAAAUGAACCCACUGAAUGGCCUAAAUUGGUGAAUACUCAUGAACAAAUUGUCUACGGAUUCGAUUUCAUGAAACAUUGUUUCUACAAAAAUUCAGUUGCCUUCAGAUCUCAUUGA